AACCGAAAUCCGGAAGAGGUAAUGGGCAGCGCCCAAUCCGCUGCUUCCAAUCCUCGCUUCGCGACGGCGAGCAGGGCUUUUACUAAGCAGGAGCUGGAGGAUCUUAAAUCCCUCUUCGUGUCUCUCGCAGCCCAAUCCCAGAGCGACUCCAAGUACAUCUCUCCCUCUAUUUUUCAGGCUUUUUUUGGCAUCAGUGGACCUCUUGCCAGUAGGUUGUUUGAGUUAGUGAGUCAGAAGAGGAACGAUGGCAUGGUCACUUACGAAGAUCUUGUUAUCUCCAAAGCUGUUUAUGAGAAAGGCACUCGGGAUGAGAUUGAGGAAUUCAUUUACGAGUUAUGCGAUGUCAAUGGCGAUGGAUUCUUGGAAAGGUGUGAUCUGGAAGCUGUUUUGGAUUCAAUCAGUGAUGCUGUUUUUACUCCGAAGAAUUCUCAAGCAGCCUUGAGCUCAUCAAAGGUUGUUAUGAAAGCAUUUUUAAGUGCUACAGAAUUUUCACACGAAGUUGAAGGAAAAGCUGAGAAUUGUAUGUCCUUGGCUGAUUUUAGAAACUGGUGUAAUGUUAUACCAUCUGCAAGAAAGUACCUUGGAAGUUUGUUGAAGCUUCCAGAUACAGGUGCCCUCUUUUUUCUUUGUUCGUGCUUAUCAUAGAUUUAAAUUAUUUAU